AUGACCGAAAAAUUAAAGGAGCGCCAGGGCAUGGGCGAAAAGAGGAAGCGUAGUAAAGAGAAGAGCACAGAGAGGGGCAAGACAACGAGAGUCAAGAAGGUGAAGGUCAAGAAGGAGGCGGCCACGAGUUCGGCUCCAGACGGAUAUAUGAAGCCCGAACCUGCACACAGUACUGACCCGCCUGAGCCUGAUCUUGAGACCGAAUCGGAAUAUGAGGAAGAAGGCACUUCAUCCGGAUCCGAUCCGGAGCCCAAAUUUGCAUCCCAAGAGGAGGACGCUGCACCAGAUUCUGAACCCGAGUCGAUCACCACCCCAUUUGAGUCUCCGCCACUGGUACCACGUAUAAACAGCGAGCUACCGCAGACAGAAUUGCUAAUCUCUGGCGAGGGUAGAUGUAACCGCUCGAAGCGCGCACUCUCCAUGCUCGAAGGUGUAUCACUGGAGGAGCUUCGGUAUAUCUGGCAAGAGCUCUGCGAUGGAAAGGAUCGGAUGACAAUUAACGAAAAGUACGGGUGCUUUGAUGUCAAAGGCUCAGCUAUCAAGCCGGGUGGGCCGUAUGCUGCUGGAGCCGAAUGGCACAAGCAGCAACAGUCUGAGACGCUCACCAAGAUGAAGAUUCAUAGCGAUGACUACUCAGGCCACCUGAUUGUAUCAGUUGCCAUCCUGUCACAUUCCGCAGGCUUCUCUCGCGACACCAGUCUGGCCCGAUUUGGCAGCAGCCGCAGCAGGAGCCUGCCAGAACUCGAGCGAGCUGGGUUUCAAGACUGA